CUCGCCUCCAGCCGCCGCCUUGCAGGCUGUUGCAGAUAAAGCGCACUCCCCCCUCCGCGCUGCCGCGAUUCACCAGCAUCCUGCAGACAUGGAGGUGGUUAACCAGCUGGUGGCAGGGGGGCAGUUCCGUGUAGUGAAGGAACCUCUGGGCUUCCUCAAAGUCCUGCAAUGGCUCUUCUCUAUCUUUGCCUUCGCCACAUGCGGAAGCUACUCCGGACAAUUCACGCUCAGCGUUGAAUGUAGCAACAAAACCGAGAGCAAGCUGAAUAUUAAAGUGGACUUUGAAUAUCCAUUUAAGCUACACCAGGAGUACUUUGAUGCCCCAACAUGCCGAGGAGCCGGCUCAAACAAGAUAUUUCUGGUCGGGGAUUAUUCCUCCUCCGCCGAGUUCUUCGUCACCAUCGCGGUGUUCGCUUUCCUCUACUCGCUGGGGGCGCUCGUCACCUACAUCUUCCUCCAGACCAAGUACCGCGAGAACAACAAAGGCCCGAUGAUUGACUGCAUAGUGACCGCCGUCUUCGCCUUCAUGUGGCUGGUCUGCUCCAGCGCCUGGGCCAAGGGGUUGUCUGACAUUAAGAUGGCCACGGACCCCGAGCUGAUCAUCGAGCAGAUCCCGGCCUGCGAGAACCCUGACAACAAGUGUCAGGAGGAGCGGGAUCCUGUCGUGUCCGGGCUCAACACCUCCGUGGCCUUCGGCUUCCUGAACUGCAUCAUCUGGCUGGGAAACAUCUGGUUUGUGUUUAAAGAGACGGGAUGGACAGCUCCAUUCAUAAAGCACCCACCACCACCAGCCCAGGAGAAGCAACCAGCGCCUGAUACCUAUGCGCCGGGCCAAGGCUAUGGUCAGCAGGACUCAUACGGACAACAACCACCACAACAACAAGGAGGUUACCAGCCUGACUACUAUGGCCAGCAGCCUGAAUAUAACCAACAGGGAUACAGCCAAGGCGGGUAUAGCCAGCAAGGUGUCCCAACCUCGUUUUCCAACCAGAUGUGAGCUGGCUUCUUCGCAACUGAUCAUUGAGGUCAAGCUUCAGGUUGUGAUGUUUCCGAUGUGCAGUGCUGCAGCCCGGCUGCCGGAGUGAAUAUAAAUGGGAGAAUGUUGUGUCCGUGAUGUUUAUAUGAUAU